GUACAUAUUCAUGUUGCACCUCGGGCCUAAACAAAAACAAGACAACCCGUGGGGUUAAGUUAAGGACGUUGUUUAAUAUGAAUGAUCUGAUCUUUAUUUGUGGCGCUGUCAAGGCAUUGCAAAAAUCCGCGUCCACCUUCCACUUGUUUGCCCCGGAGUGGGCGAGACUGGAGCACCAUAUAACGCCUUGGCGUCGCCAGAAAAACUUCCAAAUAUGGCGACAUCUAGAACCACGACAAGCAACCGAAACCAGCGACGUAGUAUUGCCAAUCGAACGUGGUGGAGAGUCGAGCGAUAUGAUCUUCAAAAAGUUCCAAAAGGCUCGUCAAUGGUCUUUUCAGCCCUGGGCGCAGGGGCCGUGCCCGACGAUUCAACGUGGUAAUUCUCUUCAAUGUCCCACCCCCAUAGUCCGGGUUGCAGGUUUCAAAACACUUCUCGCUGGCCCCCUUGACACCCUUGCUCCAAACUCGCCUCGUCCGGGCUAAAGGCUGGGCAUCUCUGGGCGGCGGACGGGAUUCUGGGGGCGUUGCUGUCGUCCAGUGUCUAGCCAAUGAUGCCCCAUCGUUGACGUUUAUGAUGGAAGUUUAAGAGGGAAAAAUACAACAAAAAAAGAGAGUAGUGGAGAGUGACGAAGAAAAAAACAAAAACAAAUUGUUUAUGGCGCAGUUGAUAAAACUCGUCUCCCCUUUCCUCAUUUUCAUCCCAAGAUUCUACUCCUGUAUAUGGUCUGGAUGCUGCAAACAUCCGGUCAGUGCCCUUUUCUUUUUACUGUACGACCUUGGACGAACGACGACAAACGAUAGCUUCCUCCUCGGCAACGAGGUUCUUCCCCAUAGCGCGGCCAGUAUUUUCUCACACCCUCACGCGUGCUCCGAUGUUGGGAUAACGACCUCACUGCCCGACCUUGACGGCAGGCACGCAGACUAAACCGGUAGUCUCCCGUGUCCCUCGGGCUUCUCGGGGCUGGCCGGCAGGAUUGCUGUCUAACCUAGGCUAUUCUCGGCUUACUAGACCAAGUCUUUUGUUCUCUAGACGGUUCUGCAUGGACGUGGACGGGGACAGCACAAGCAUCCGCCGCCCACGCCGACGCCGCAGAAGUGUCUGUAUCAGCAUCUCUGGCUUGAGCAGUGGUGCGCGGCACUUACAACAAACUAGGCACAGUAUCGACCUUUGAUAGGCUUGAAUCCUAUCGCAAAUAAAUAAAUAAAUUUUCAAAACAAGAGAAAACCAAGGAGACCUGGCUUUGGCGUGGCCUUUCAUCACGCACGUCUUGGCCAUGGCCCUGACCAUCAAGCACCUCAACGGCGACGCAUCCUUCCUUUUAACAUUUGAGCCCCUCGUCUCCGGUCCUCGCGACCACGAUGCUGCGAGCCCUUCUCCCUUCCGCAUACUGCUGGACCCUUGGAUCACAGGCUCAUCAACCAUCUUCCACUCCAAGAUAUCCGUUUCUACUCACAAGCAGCCGGCUUGCAUCUCCUCCUUGCAGGAGCUACCGGAACCCGAUCUCGUCGUCAUCUCGCAGCACAAGAGCGACCACUGCAACGAGGCCACCCUGCGACAGCUCCCCGCCUCUGGCACCAAGACUCUGAUCCUCGCCGAGCCAGCAUCGGCUCGCGUCAUCAAGUCGUGGAAGUACUUUGACCGCCAAAAGGUUCGCACAAUCCCGAAAUGGGGUGAGUCUACAGAGCAAGGUCGUCAGGCCGUAGUGCGCAUUCCAUUGCCGCCCUUGGUGGCUGGCGGUGAACCUGGCGAGGUCACGGUCGCUUUUAUCCCUCAGCGGAGAGACAUAUCCGGCCUGCACAGCGCCAUCGGCAUCACUUACCGCCCGCCCGGCACGACCGCUGGCGCCACUCAUAUCACCCACAGCGCUGCGUGGCCCUCUCGACCGCCCUCCAUUCGACGAGCUUUUCUCCACCCCCGAUCUGCCAGUCCCGCCCCGGGUCCUGGUCCUCAACCCAUGACAAAAUCCUCCAUUCUCACGCCACCCGAGACUCCAAACUCGUACCGUUCCAAUGCAUUCCCUCCAAUCGUCAAUGCCGGCGACUCCAUUCACCGCUACCCGACGCAGGCUCCGUUCGGACUGCCCCCGACUCCCACAUCUCUACGUUCCUCUCGGUCCACCUCCUCCCUUCAGCUUUCUCACCAGCUGUCGAGACUGUCCACAGCAGCAACGCAGGCCCCGCGAAGCCUCUCACUCCUUUACUCUCCGCACGGCAUCUCGACGUCGUCCCUCUCGUCCUACGUGACGUCCCACCUCGUCGCCGAGGCAGCCCUCCCGCUGACAGCCCUCCUGCACUGCUUCGACGCCGUCAGCAACCCCUGGUGGCUCGGUGGCAACAUCCUCCUCGGCGCGCCCGCAGGGCUCGAGACAGCCACCGCGCUCCGCGCCCGCGCCUGGGUUUCGGCCCACGAUGGCGAGAAGGAACUCAAGGGCAUCGCCACGGCCCUGCUCAAGACGAAACACUACCGCCGGGAGAACAUUGUCGAGGCCGUCAGCCCCGCACUGCAGCGGUACAUGCACCAGCAGACUGACGAGGCUGAGGUCGCGAGCAGCCGCGCGAGCAGCCGUCGCAGCUCCGUCAUCAGCAGCGAAGCCGGCGGUAGGGGCAGGCCGACCGAGGUGUUGGCGCUGGGCAUCGGCGAGCAGGUCGUCAUCUGCAACGACGGCGUGUGGAACGCAGAGGCCUCCGCGCCGCCGCCUCCUCCCGAACCGACGUGGGCACCCCCUCCUCCACCAACAAUGCAUCACCACAGACUGAUGCCGAGACCAAUCAGCCCAAUCGACUUUGAGGCGGCCAAUUUUGAUGGGUCUGUGCCGUCCAUCGAGAUUGAUGAUCUGGAUACAGCCAGGGGGCCUCAAUUCCGUGGCAUAUGUUGAUUCUGUCUCUUUAUUAUUUUUUAUUUUAUUUUUUCAACUCCCCUUCUCUCAAAAAGACCUGAGAGAGCCUUACGAGGUCCCUCUGACAGGCACGACUUUACCUGAAAUUGUGUUUCUUAAUGUUUUGUCUUGGCGUUGAGCGAACAAGGAUAUUUUUCUUCUCAUGUUGGUUCUGACAGUCCUUGUCUUUGACUGUCAAACUAUUGCGCAAGGCACUGGCUUGUAUAUUUUCCUUUUGUCUCUUCUACUUUUUUGAUGAUACCACCAUAUGCAGCACCACAGAUCUGGUCUGUUGCCUGUUUUUGAAGAUAUUGUUCUUUUUAGUGUCCUACUACAAGGUACUUUGCCAAAUUGUUUUGAGUUUUAUUUUUGGUCGGCUGAAUGAUAUCCAGGUGGACCGGACCUUAUAGAUGAAAGAAUACGAACCCAAC